AUGCCUGCAAUGAUAAUGUCAGCACGACAUGAAACCCUUCAGGGUCACAUUACUUCUUUAUUGAAGGCAUACUGGAACAUAUUCUUCAAAGCAACAAGUCAACUGCAAAUUAUAGCUUCGGUUCACAAAUAUAAUGAAAGUAAAAAGAGAUUAGAGGACUGUUUUGUUGCUUCCUCAAAGAAAGGCGAGUGA